GAUGCUGUUCUUGUUGUUCUCGGUGGGGUGGGGGUGGGGGGGGGGGGCGCGAGCAUCUCCAGAAGCCCCUGCUCACGUGACUGUUCUCUCCAACACGUCUGGAAGGAAGAUGUGCGGAAUUGGAGUCGAUGAAGGGAAACAGGAGGCGGUGCAGGGGAAGGAAGGGAGGAGCAGUAGCGGGGACGGGUCGGUCCCAAGGACGGGACGAUUGGCUGCUCUGUGGCUGCUGGGCUGCGAGAGCGAGCCUGUGAUUUCUAGGAAGAAGAGCUUUUGGAGGAGACAGAAGUGACUGAAAUUCGGGCCGCGGAGGGGAUCAGCGGGGGAGCGGAAGGUUCUCAGAAGGGCAGACCCGAGGACGGAGAAGGCGGUGACCGUGAGCGCAGCAGGGGCGCCCCGGCCCGAUGGGGAGGGAUGUCCAGACCAAAUCAAAGAACCGAGGGGGCUCUAAGCAAACACGCACAGGACAGCUGAGGAGAGACCGUUCUCUUUUGAGCACCCGCCGCUCCAGCCCCCACGACUUACCACCGUUCGGCGACCGAACGUGCACGAACUGGUGUCUUCGCGUGAAGACAGGCAUCUGAGCAUCCCAGGGAGCGAUGGGAGUGGGGAACCGCGCAGGGAGUGCAAAUGAACACACAUCUGCUUUCCCCGGGGCCCAGGAAGUGCACAGAGCCCUUGCUUUGCUGGGUAGACAGAAGUCCAGGUGGUGCACACAGCUCUCUAGGAAGCGUUUCCAUGGCACUGCCCACCCUCUCCCCGCUGCUGGAGCGUCCAGGGGCGUGGUCCUCACGCCCUCCUGUCCUCGUCCUUCUGUCUGCUCGGCUCUCCCGCUCAGACGACAGGACAGGAAUGGCGUUGGCUUUGAAGUCAGACCCGUCUGGGUCUGCUCCCGGCCUGGCCCCUUUCCUCGCAGCCGACACGGGCAAAGCACUUGCUGUCCCGAGUCUUAACUCCUUCUGGGGGACGGGGGUGACGGUCCCCAUGCAACGCCUCACCCCUGCUCUCUGUUGGGCAUAACUAGACGGUUAGACCCGCAGGACUUCCGGACCCUGGUUCCCUCCCUGGCACUCGCCCUGCAAGGAGACCAAACAACCCGCGGGGGACCGGGAGCCGUUCUCUGAGACAGCUCAGGUGCGAGGGAAUGAGACCACACAAGCAGGGUGUUGUCCCACACAAUCCGAAGGCACCGCGGCCUCCUGGAAAUCUCCAGAAAGUCAGAGUCGCAGAUCCACUUCAUGGCAUGAAGUCUUGACCCGUGAACUAUGCACGCGAUGGAGCCCGCAGCCAGAGGGCGGACUGAGAAAAGCUUCAGCUACGUCGUCAGAGCCCCCGGCAGCGAUGGGUUUGAUGAGAUGAACGUUGACGUGAAGAUCGACACGUGCUGGGUAUUCCAGGACGUAGAGGACGGUGGUGAGGGGCCCGGCUGUCUUCCGGCAGCGGGAAGCCCAGACACGGAUGCGGGCGUGCUCAGGAAGCAGCUGGAAUCCUCAGAGCAGAAGCUGCUGGCAGCUGUGGACAGGCACGUGAUGUCGGAGUCCAGGCUCAGAAGCAGAAUCCAGGAGCUAGAGCUGUCGGAGAGACAGCUCCUCCAGAGUGUGGACCAGCUGAACGCCCGCGUGUUGCAGGAAAGGAGCGACGCUGCCCGGGCCCAGGAGAAGCUCCAAGCCCUGCGGGACGAGCUUGCCAGCCAGGUUCUGGAGAAGGAGCGCGCGGCCAGGCGGCAGCGGUGGCGGCUGCGGCGGCUGCGGGAGCGGCUGCGGCGCAAGGACGAGGCGCUGGGGCGGCAGGCGGCGGCCCUGGAGCGCUGCCGAGGGACACAGCGGCGCCAGCUGGCCCUGGUGCGCGAGCAGGAGCGCGGCCUGCGGGAGCAGGUGCGGCGGCUGGAGCGGGACGUGCGGCGCCUCUGUCACGCGGCCGGCCUCCUGCUGGCGGAGCUGGACGCCCCGGCCGCGCGCGGCCCCCGCGCCCUCGGCCCGGCCGGCCCCGGUGGGGAGGCCGAGGAGCUGCGCGCCCUGCAGGCGCGCGCCGAGCGCGGCGAGCGCGAGCGGGACGAAGCGGCGCGCCGGUUGCGGGAGCAGCGCGCCACGGAACGCCGGCUCCGCGGGCAGCUGGAGGAUCUUCGCUGCUGCAUCUACGAGCUCAAGCUGUCGGAGAUCGGCCUGCAGGGCCAGGUGGAGGACCUCGCCCAGCAAAACCGCAGCCUGCGAGAGGAGCUGGGGGCCCAAGCCCCCGGGGAGAGCGCGCGCAGCCCUGCCUCUGCCGGUCAGUGCAGCCCGGUAAGUGGCCGCAACCCAAGGCACCAGGUCUCAGUGGAGAAUUGUAUCAAGUUCAGCGGCCCGUGGCGGCACUCCUACAGGAUUCUGGGGACCCGGCUCCCUCCCGAGUCGUUGGAGGAAGCAUCCUCCCAGCUCCCUCCUUGUGUCUUCCUCAAGGACGCCCUGAGCCAGCUUCAGGACGAGCCACUGGCCCUGCCCGGGGAGGGCGCCCUGGAUGCCUGCCGAAGCCGAGGCUUGCAGACCACCCUCUGCUCCCCCGGCGCCCCUGGCCCGAGAAGUUCAGCAGGCCAGCCCUCCGAGGCGUGCUGCUCCUGGGACCGUGUCGGGGCCGGGCGAGGCCCCUGUGUUGUGGUGGCAGGCCUGGAGGCCACAGAUGAGACCCUGGAAGAUGUCCCAGGAUCUGACCGUGGACGGCGGACUCCGGCUGAGCCCAGCUUGGAUGCGCAGACUUUUCUCCUCAUCUGUGGCUGCCCCCCGGGCCAGUACAGGGAUGGCUCACUCCUCCCCGUGGAGCUGGCCGGGAUUUCGGAGCAGAGGCUAGCAGCUGCCCAGGUCCUGGUGCAGACGUCCACACUCCCUCCCUGGGGGCCGGCCGGGGACCCCCCUUCCCUGCCGCCACUGCUCCUGCUCCGGGAGUCUUCUCCACAAGAAUCCCAGAUGCGACGGAUGCUGGACGCCAGGUUCCCACCUGCCCCCAGAGCCGGAGGACCCACCUGCCGGGAUCCCCACUGGAGAAGGGGCCAGAAUGCCUCCCUCUGCCACGAGCCCCCCCAGAUCUCAAGUCACAAAUUCAAGUCACCCAGAGAUGUGAAAGGCGCUUGGAAGGAGGGAGGAGGGCCCCCAGAGUGGAGAACCGAGGAGCAGGGGGCAAGGAGGAGUCGGGGCAGGAAGGAGGCAGACCUUGGUGAUGAGAGCAAGCUAAGUCAGGAAAGCCGAGACAACCCGAGCCUGGGGGACGGCGUCAGAGCCCCAGAGGGCGAGCCGGUCGAGAACGGGGCCUCAGAAACCCAGGCCUCUGUCUCCUGCCCUUGGCCCAGGCCAAAGCUCCCAUGGCCUCUUUUGCAGGAGGAGGCCUCCGUGUCAACUGAGGGUCCCGCACCCCUGAGUAGGAGGUGGAGGGAGGGAGGGCUUUCGUCACCGGAGGAGGAAGAGGCCCCCCCAGCCAGGACCCAGGGCUCCCAGAGGCCAAGUCCAGGAGGCACUCAGCUCCUUGCAGGGCAGGGCGAGGAGGAAACGCUCGUGUGGUCUGCAAAUGCUCCGAAUCUGCAAGAGGAAAGCCCUGGGGACCAAAGGCAAGGAGAGAAGGAGGAGAAAGCACCAUCUCUAGAAGGGUCUUGUCUGGCCCACAGGGAUAUCCCAGGGGAGCCUGGCCCUGAGGAACGUGAGCACCAGGAAACGCUCUCCCCGGUGGCGGAGGGAGGUCUGACACUGUCUCCCCGAUCGGCCUUUCCACCCAGGGGAACUGAACCUACCAGUGAUCCGUGGGCUCUGAGCCAACAACCUGACAGGUCUGAGCUCAGAAGAGAUGAAUUUGGGAAGGAGGCAGAAGCUUCUUCCCAGCAACUCUCCAUCCUGCAGCGUGGGGGUGGGGGGCGAUGGUGGCCAACCUCCACGCCGGCCGGAGGAAGCAAGAGCUUGGCUCGGAAACAGCACAGCCCCCCGGAGAAUGCUCACUCCCAGCAGGCUUUGGCAAACCAGGGCUCGGAUAUUUGUUUGGCCAGAGAGGUCAGACCCGGGGGGACCGACGAAGAGGUCGGACCAGGCGGGACGGAGGUCCUGGGGACCAGCACCGUUCUCCCAGGGAUGGUGCCUGAUUCAGAUGACGUGGGUCCAGGUCCAGAGUGGCCCUCCGAGCUGGGUGGGAACCAGCCCUCCCAGCCACUGAGAGCCCUUGAAGAAGAGAGGAGAAGGUUUCACCAGCUCAUUUCUGGGCUGAAACGAGAGAGAAGCCAAGUUUUACGUGACAACGCCGAGCUGCGGGGCGACCGAGAGAGAUGCCGUCGAAAAGUGUGCGCCCUCGAGGAAGAGAGGGAGAGAAAUGUGACCAAGAUGGCGGUCCUCGAACAGGACAACAGCACGCUGGUCGGAGACAUCGCGCUCUUGAAGAGGGAGCUGGCCCAAUACCGACAGGUCGUUUCUGACCUGGAAGACUGCAACGGGAAAAGUUACGGCAAAAUUUCCGAGCUCGAAGAGGAGAACGAGCAGCUGAAAGGGCGCCUGGCCCAGCUUCAGAGAGCCAUGGCCGAGAGCGCCAGAAAAUCCAAGGGUGUGAUGGAGCACGUCACAAUGGAAAACCGGGAGCUCAAGGCGCUGAUCUCGGAGCUCGGGGUCAGUUACAAAGAGCUGAUGAAGGGCGUGGUGCUGGGGAUAGAAGACACGGUCCAGGCCUUCAGGGGGGAGAACGCCCAUCUUCUGAGCAGGCUCUGCGUCCUGGAGACAGAAGUCGCGUUGGGGGCCAGCACAGCUGGGGGCCGCUUGGUGAGAGCGGAGGAGGGUCCGCAGGGGGAAAGCAAGAUGGUGGGGGGCAAGGAGGGUGCUGUGGAAAGGGGGGUGCAGGUGACUCAGCUGUCAGGGCAACUGACCGCAGAAGCCCACGGGCCGCCCUUGGAGGAGAAACCGGGUCUGGCUGGCAGGUGGAUGGGGCCUUCCUUACGCAUGGAGAAUUCCAGAAAUGAUGGCAAUUCAGCUGCUUCGUCGCUGGUGGGGGGAAGUGCCGAGGUAUCCAGUGCCCCGCGAGGAAACAUCGACGGAGCAGGAGCGAGAGAAGCACGUUUGGAAAAGGAGGAGAAAAGACCAUGGUGUUCUGCAGACCCAGGGCGAGCUCUGAGGGCAAGCAACGGCCCCCAGCUUAAGGGCACGGAGACAGACACCCCCAAAGAGGACCUCAGGCUGUGCAUUGGGCACCUCCAGCACCAGGUGCUGACCCUGCGGUGCCAGCUCAGAGACCAGGCUUCUGCCCACCGGGUACUGCAGGUGUCACAUGGGGAAGCCACCCGCCUCCGGGACCAGCUCAAGGGCGAGCUUGAGGAACUUCAGAGAAAGCAACACGAGGCAAAUUCGGCCGUGGCUCCUUUGAAGGCCAAGCUGGCUUCUCUGGUCCAGAAGUGCCGGGAGAGGAACCGCCUCAUCACGCACCUGCUGCGGGAGCUGCACCGACGCGGGGCCGAGGAUCCCCUGCUCUCCGAGACGGCGCGGGGCAUGGUGGCCGACGUGGCACUGGCCGAGUACGCGGCCACCUUCCUGGCUCCGGCGCUCCCAGAGACCAGCCACCACCUGGAUGUCGAGUCUGAGACGGCAGCAGCUGUAAGAGCUCAGAAAUACCUCCCGAAGCCCAAAACAGACAGUGUCAUCAUCCAAAGACCUUUGCAUUCAGAGUCCUGGCCUGUUCCCGAGGCUGAGUGGCCAGCACAGAACACGGCUAGACCGGAUUCACCAAAGCUUCCCCCGCCCUCAGGGCCGACGCCUGGUCCCGGAGCGUGUCCGUGUCCGGCUGCAGCCGCCGUGGAGCCCGCGUGCCCUGCGCGACGCCCGUGGGGAGAAGGCGGGCUGUCCUGUCCCGUCCUCCGUGCCGAUGACCCCCCGCCACCCUCUGAGCUCCUGAGUCCUGCGAGGAUCCUGGCUUUCCACAAAGAGCUCACACAAAGCAUUCGCGGCAAUGCCCAGGUCCAUCGAUCACCGCUGGAGUUAUAAAUUUAAUA